AUGUCGUGUCCCCUGGAGCUGCUCCCCAAUGAGCUGCUGGACCAUAUCAUCGGCAACCUGGCCACCGAGCCCCCGUCGCAGGCUCGUCUACAUCUAACACCUGAUCUACACCUCACUCGAUCUCCAGACCAUGACAAGAAUCUCAAACAUCUGUCGCUGGCCUCACACCGGUUGCGAAAUCUUGUCCGACCGGUACUUUUCGCACAUGCUCGUCUGGAGCUAAAGGAUGAACACGAAUUUCGCAUCUUCGUGACUAGGUCGGGGCUCAACCGAUAUGUGACAUCUCUCGUGGCGAUCUCUUCGCCGGCCUCGGCUUAUCCGGACGAUCCAUCCUGGUGGCGCAGAGUCCUGCGAUAUCUAGAUCCAGCGCGCAUUACGCUACUCGCUCCGCCAACCUUCAUCGGCGAGACAUUGGACUCACCGGUCCAGGGCGGUUUCAACUGGGCCUUUGAGAUCGACCUUCAAAUCAUGCAACUGGAGCGAGAGUUUUGCUAUCCUCGAGAUCUAUCUACACAUCCUCAGUAUGACCUAGAGCGAUCUAGCAAUUUGCUCAUCGCUCGCCCAUGGAUCUCGUUGACAUUCAAUGAGUCUUCCUCGUUGAAAGCAUAUCACCAUUAUGAGUAUUUCCUUGGGCGCGUCCCUUCUUUUGUCGGAGACUGGGGAUCUUAUCUGCGUUUUCAAGAUCAGGGUGAAGAGAACCAAGGGCCACCCUGCCCACCAGAUUUGACGGUCAUGUUGCAAAGAUUUACCUCCUUCUCAUAUAUAGCCGUGUUCCCCUUCUUCAAUCACAUGGACCUGAUACUCAGAGUGAUGUCCGAAAUGCACAACUUGCAUCAACUGACUGUGCAGAUGGCUCCCGAUGCCAACAACCAUGCCACUGAGAUGGAACAGCGUGGUUCGCUGGACCCGAACGACCCAUGGAUGGAACUGGAGAGCGCGUAUUCUAUAACCGGAUGGCACGUUAACCAGCACUCAACCAUAUCAGAGUUUCAGAGUCGAGAUUUCCAUGUCGAGGCAGUACGCGAGGAUCUUGCGCGGAUUUUGCGCGAUAACAUGGUUACAGGAUGGGCUUCUGACGGUAGUGGAAUCUGGAGGCGAAGUUUGCCAAGUACCUAA